AUGGACCAAACUAACCAUCAAAACCUGAGUCGUUUCACAAAGCUAUUGCUCUCCAUCUCUGUCUUCUCUCUCUUGUUCUCGAGCCCCGUUUUCAUCUCUUUCCUCCCACCGUGGCACUUCCAUCUCUCCACCUUCCUGCUCCGUCUCGUCACCCACGCCGUCAACAAGAACUGCAUCUUCCUACUCUGCAACGGCAUCCUCGUCUUCCUCAUGCAGAUCUCGGGCUUCAUUGGCACCAUGACCACCAGGUCCUCCUGGCACAGCACCGGCGAUAAAGAUCCUCCCAAGGAGACCUUACACAUGAUGGAGAAUAAGCUGCUUGCCACGGACAUUGACGACAGAGUUCUCCCUGACGUUGUGCAAGAAGAUUUAGACCUUGAGAAAGAAGGGAAAACGUUGAAUAACAACGACAAUACUCAUGAGGAUUGCAUGGUCGACGACAAUGACGACAACAAAGAAGAAGAACAAGAACACAAUAUCGGCUUCCGGACUUUGGAAGCGAGAAACAUAGCCGCAACAUCUGAUCCUGAUGGCGAAGAAGAAUUAGAUGAAUGUGGAGGAGAGAGAGAGGAUGACACUAGUGAAGAUUACAUAUAUGGCGUGGAGAUAAGGUAUGGGAAUAAUGUGAUGACAGCGGAGGAAUUGGACAAGAAGUUCGAUGAUUUCAUUCGGAGGAUGAAGGAAGGAAUCAUGAUCGAAACGCAGCAACAACAGCAACAACUCCUCGUGGUUUAA